UCGCUACCCCAGAUCAGACAUCACUUUCGUCCUCUCAGACUUCCGUUGGCAAAUCUUUUAUCAAAAUCCAUGCCCGGGUCCUCUGAAGAGGACUGGUGAUGGACAUGAAGCGGAUCCGGAGGCCGCAGCCGUCGCCGGCCGGCGCCCCCGACCCGGAGAGCAACGAGCCUUCUCGACCCGGCCCGGAGAAGAGGCCGGCCUCGGGUUUCCUCCGGCCCGCCGUGGUCCUGCUCGCCUGCUUGGUGCUCCUGCUGGUCAUCUCCAGCGCCCACCGGAGCUCGUCGCUGGAUCGGCUUCACCGAGUCGGAGGAGUCCAAGAAAAGGGGGAAUUUGAAGUAAUAUCAAGAAAAGGUUCAGAAAAUGGAUCCUCUGCAUCCUUGAAGAUCCCAAAGGACAAACUUCUUGGUGGCCUGCUGGCUGCUGGAUUUGAUGAAGGAUCCUGUCUAAGUAGGUAUCAGUCUGUAUUGUAUCGUAAAGAAUCACCUCACAUGCCAUCUCCGUAUUUGUUGGAAAGGCUGCGAAAGCAUGAAGCUCUCCAAAAAAAAUGCGGCCCAAACACUGAACUGUACAACAAAGCUGUAGAACAGUUGAAGUCUGGCCAGAGCAUUGAGGCUACAGAAUGCAACUAUGUUGUAUGGAUAUCAUAUAGCGGGUUAGGGAACAGAAUAUUAACUCUUGCUUCAGCAUUUCUUUAUGCUCUCCUUACAAACAGGGUCUUACUCAUUGACAGAGGUGUUGACAUGGCUGACCUCUUUUGCGAACCAUUUCCUGAGACGUCCUGGCUUCUACCCUUGGAUUUUCCUGUUAACCAGUUUAACAGCUUUGAUAUUAAAGCUCCUCAGAGUUAUGGAAACAUGUUGGAAAAAAAGGUUAUUAGUAACAGUGUUGAUGCUGCUUCAACGGGAUCGCUACCUGCUUAUGUCUACCUCCACCUAGCCCAUGAUUAUGGUGACUUUGAUAAGCUUUUCUUCUGUGAAGAUGACCAACGAGUCCUUCAAAAGAUCCCUUGGCUGGUGCUGAGAUCAGAUAACUACUUUGUGCCAUCCCUCUUUCUGAUUCCAACAUAUGAAGAAGAACUUAGUCAGCUCUUCCCCGAGAAGGACACUGUUUUCCAUCACUUGGGACGUUAUCUUUUCCAUCCUACAAACCGUGUAUGGGGUUUGAUUACCAGGUAUUAUCAAUCUUAUCUAGCCAAGGCCGAAGAAAGGGUGGGUAUCCAGAUCAGAGUCUUCGAUACAGGUACUGGUCCAUUUCAGCAUGUGCUAGAUCAGAUCCUUGGAUGUUCUCUGAAGGAAAAGCUCUUGCCUGAUAUCAGUGCCCAAGAAUCUGUAGUUUCAACGUCAGAUGCAAGAUCAAAAGCAGUUGUUGUGACUUCUUUACACUCUGGAUAUUUUGAAAAAAUCAGAAACAUGUACUGGGAGCACCCGACUGUCACAGGCGAGAUUAUUGGUGUCUAUCAACCAAGCCAUGAAGAAUACCAACAGACAGAAAAGCAAAUGCACAACAUGAAAGCCUGGGCAGAGAUGUAUCUCUUGAGUUUGACCGACGUGUUGGUGACAAGCGCAUGGUCUACAUUUGGGUAUGUAGCUCAAGGUCUUGGUGGUUUAAAGCCAUGGAUUAUGUUCAAGCCUGAAAACCAGACAGCACCCGACCCUCCCUGCCGUAGAGUCAUGUCGAUGGAGCCUUGUUUUCAUGCCCCUCCAUUUUAUGAUUGCAAAGCUAAGAGAGGUGUCGACACAGGAGAACUAGUCCCACAUGUGAGGCAUUGUGAAGACAUGAGCUGGGGCCUCAAGCUGGUUGAUCAGGCUGAAUGGUAGCUUGGAGCAUGUCAUCAACUGGUAGCUGAGGCAUGCCUGCUACUUGCAUUCAGAUGGAAUAGUUCAUCGUUGUACACUAGAAGCAGGCAAGCUAGAUUGAUCAUGUACUAAUAAGUGUCUGGCCCAUAGUCAUAGAUUAGGGCUACGUGCAAAUGGCAUGUCUUGGAUAAUUGUCAACGGAAUUUUGUUGAAGGAAGAAGUCCUGCCAUUUUUGUUUUACUAGCAAGGUUGAGGGAGUGUUACAUUCUAUCAUCUUCUGAUGUUAAUUUAUGGGAAUAAUUUAUGUGAACUGCUUAAUAGUCCAUCAAUUUAGCUUAAUGAUUCAAAGUCCUUUUUGCUGCA